AUGUUAAACUGUAUCGACAACUCCGGCGCGGCGCUCGUCGAAUGCGUCAAAGUGCUGAAGAUGAAGCGCGCCGCGAAAGUCGGCGACAGGAUCGUAGUGGUAGUGCAGAAGCAGCGCAGUCUCGGUAACGAGCUCAGCGGACAGGCGGCGGCGGCACAAAAGGUCAGGCGUGGUGAUAUCUCCCACGCCGUCGUUGUCCGCACGAAAAAGAAGUACGGACGGAGUGACGGAUCGUUUGUCCGCUUCGAUGAUAAUGCGUGCGUCUUGAUCAAUAAGGCUGGAGAUCCUAUGGGGACGAGAUUGAAUGGUGCUGUUGCGCAGGAGCUGAGGGGGAAGCAGUGGUCCAAGAUUUUGUCGUUGGCGCCGGCUUACGUCUAG